ACAAUUGCAAAAAUGUCAACAAAUAACGCUUUAGAUGAGUCCAUAGAGAUCCUAGAGGAGGUGCAGGUCAACCAGCCACUGGGUGGAGGGACGAGCAUCGAGCUAGAGGUACUUUACGAUGGCCAUGGGCAACAGGUUAUACACACUCAGCAGCUGGCUCCUGCACAACAACAGGAGCAGCAGCCACAUGAGGAAAGUGUCCCUCUGCGCCAACAGACACAACGACCCCAGCGCCAGCGACGGCCAGUACAACAGUAUCACCAACAGCAACAGGAACAGGAGCAACAAGCGGCGCAGCAGAGGUUACAGCGUCAGCAGCAGCGUCAACAACAGCAAAAACAGCAGCAGCAACAGAGAGCCCUUCAGCGUCAGGCAGCACAACAACAACAGAAACAACAGAAAGUGCAACAGAGAGGAGUCAAACGGAAGGAGACCGACGUACAUGUGGUGGGCGAGGUCAAGGCACAGAAAACGGGGCGCGGAGAGGUGGGAGGAGCUGGCACACUCAAGUACCGCAAAAGGAUUCCAGACAAUGACGUGGAGAUCAUCUUCGAGUGGGAUGCCGCCAAGGUGAUUGCGGAGCGGCAGAACGUUGAGGAGUGGGUGGCGCGUAACGUGAUCACUAUGUUCGACCAAGAGAACACGUUGCCUUUCAUUGCACGAUACCGAAAGGAUAAAACAGGCAACAUGGAGGUGGAAAAGCUCCGUGAGAUCCAGAAUUCCUACUCACAGCUAAAGCAUGUCCAGGAGAGAGUGUUGAAGGUUCUGAAGGGUAACCGCAAGUGCCUGCCAGAGGACCGCAAGGCCUCCCUCCUCCGUGCCACCACGAUGCAUGAAGUGGAACAUCUGACAGCAGCAUAUAAGGGUAGCGGGAAACGCACUUAUGCUGAGCGGGCCAGAGAGCUCGGAUUGGAACCUGCAGCUCUGGAGGUCAUGCAAGGAACGCACAAUAAGUUUAUGAACCGCCAGGAACUGUACUCCCUCAUGGACCCGAACAAAGAAGGUCUUCGCACCAUAGAGGAGGUCGAACAGGGUCUUCAACACAUCAUCGCUGACGUCAUCAGUAAAGACCCUCAAGUAUUAGACUGUGUGCGCCAACUUAUGAAGCUCUGUAAGCCGUUGCUGGAGUGUGGUAAAGCACGCAAGCAGCAGAAGAGAGACCAGGGCAAGAUGGUGAGCCGGGGACCAGGACCAAGUGAUGACCUCUGUGCCAAAUAUCAAAACUACUUUGAGUAUAAGAACCUUGCAUGGCACACCAAGCCUCAUGCUAUGCUGGCCAUGAACCGGGGUGAACAUCAGGGAGUUUUGUCUGUGAAGAUCGUUAUCCCAGACAACACCUAUGUUCACUUUUUCAAUUUCUGCCAACAAAAGUGGUUAGGACUCGCCCCACCCCACUAUUACCGCACACAGCUGGUCAUGAUGAGUAUAGAGGACAGUUGGGAGAGACUUGUCAAACCGUUCAUGCAGAGGCAGAUUCGCAGCGAGUUAACAGAGAUGGCAGAGAUUGCUUCUGUUGAGGUGUUUGCUGCUAACCUGAGGAAGCUGCUCCUUACACCACCAGUGAGGGGGAAGACAGUACUUGCCAUUGAUCCUGGUUAUGCAAAUGGCUGCAAGAUAGGUGUCACGAAUGCCACCGGAGACCAGCUUCUCACAACCACCAUUUAUCCAUUCCGUGGCAAAGAACAUCUACAGGCAGAGGAUUGGUGUAAGGACCACAAUGCAAGAACACUCAGGGAAAUUGUCCACAAAUUUGGGUGUGAGCUGUUUGCUGUGGGUAACGGAACUGGCUGCCGGGAGACGGAGACUUAUUUAACUCGUUUGAUAGCUCAAAAGUGUUUUGACCCCUACAAUGUCCAGUACACCAUUAUCAAUGAAACUGGUGCUUCUCAGUAUUCUUGCUCUCCUGAGGCUAGAACAGAGUUCCCUGGACUUGACCCUAAUCAUAUUAGUGCUUUGUCAUUAGCAAGGCGACUCCAGGACCCUCUUUUAGAAUACAUUAAAGUCCAUCCAAUGCACAUGGGUGUUGGCAUGUACCAGCACGAUAUACCCGAGCGUAUCUUGCACGCCUCCCUCGACUCGGUCAUGACGGAGUGCGUGUCCUUUGUGGGGGUCGAUAUUAACUCGGCGUCGGAAUUUGUCUUUAGAAAGCUCUCUGGCCUAAAUAAAAGCCGCGCGGCAAAUAUCGUAGAAUAUAGAAAAUCCAAGGGGCCGUAUCAGCGGGAACAGCUCAAGUCUGUCAAGGGUAUCGGACCUCGGACGUUUGAGCAGUGUGCUGGCUUCAUCAGAAUUUUACCCGAGACCCUGGAAAUAGAGAUCAACAGAACACCUCAGGAAAAGAGCAGAAAAAAGCGUAAACCCAUUUUGACCCAUCGACGAUCCAUCCGAGUCAUAUCCGCCUCAUCCAAGUUUGUGCUCAUGGUUGGAGGGCGAGCACAAGACAUCGGAACUGAACAUUUCAUCCAUGACAUCCGACACUUCAUGCAGAAUUCAAGUCUGGAGUCGGUGGCCGAGCAGUGCGGGGCAUCUGUACCAACUAUGCAACUCAUUGUCGAGGGUCUAGCACAGCCUCUUGACUACGAUAUUCGUGCUCAGUUUGAGAAGCCUCUGUUCCGUAAGGGCAUUACUUCCAUAGAUGACGUUGUGUUGGGUACAAAGCUAACAGGUUCUGUGAGAAAUGUAACACACUUUGGAGCCUUUGUGGAUGUUGGACUGGGCAAUGAUGGUCUCGUCCACUCUUCUAAAAUGGGUGGUGCAAGACUAGAACUGGGGAACAUCGUGGAGGUGACGGUCAUCAACAUCGAAAAGGAUCGUGCCCGAAUAAGUCUCAUGUUAGAGCGAGUGCUUGGUUAAACCCACGUCUCUCAAAAAGGUCUUAACCGUACUUCAGAGUUCAUUGUCCUGCUUAAUGGUCGUCUUUCAUCGAAUAAUGUGUAUGAAUCAGCCGGCUGCCAUAGGAUUGGUGAUGAACUCUGCAGUCUGUAUAUUUCACUUUGAAGAGAUUAAAGACAGAAAUGCAGUUGUAUUGAAGGAAAUUUAACUGCAGUGUGGUUUGAAAAGAGCUGUUUGAGUGAGGUGUUGUGAGGACCUGGUGCCCCCAAAUUGUUGAAAGUUGCCCCAUUUUACAUGCAACCUCUCAUACUCAUAGUUGAAAACUUGAAACUAAAAAGCUGUGCCUUGUUGCAGUGUUCUGUAAACUGUUACUAUCAUAGAAAGAAGACCCAUAGAAAAAUUAGUGUCAUAUAUAAUGAAGACAAGACGUAUGUUCAGUAUAAUGCAUAUGGAGGUAGUGUAUUGCUAAUUACUGUUCUAAAAGAAAAAUUCCAAGAUAAAUUAAUCUACAUAUAUUGUAUAGGAUUUAUGCAUGACCUACUGUAAUUGAAUGUUUAAUUUUAUUUUCCAAUGAUCUGUAAAUAAAUGGUCAGUUUUGGAGAUCUCACAAAUGAUUCCUUCUUUAGUCUUUAUAAAACAUGUAAAUUGUAAUCCCUGAUUGAUUAGACUCAUGUUCACUGACUUACUGAACAUUGUAACUUAUGAUGGGUGUUGCCUAUAAAAACAUGCUUAGUUCUGA